GGAAAUGUUGAUAUUGGUUUUAACACACUUUCUCCGCAGCUUUAUACACAGUAAUAUGAUUUUUUUAAAGUAUUUUUAAAGGAUCGACAUUUUCCAAACUCGCUGCACAUUCUUCAUUUUGAGACCCAAGAAACCCGAUCCAAGCGUGAUGACGCAGGCGCGGACGGUGUCCGCCGCGUGCCACUCUCGCGCUCUCGCGUUUCCUUUCUUCAGUGCGGAGCGCGGGGCUGCAGACAUGGAGGAGCUGAGCGCCGUGGGAGAGCAGGUCUUCGACGCCGAGUGCAUCCUCAACAAAAGGCUCCGAAAGGGGAAGUUGGAAUAUCUGGUGAAGUGGCGAGGAUGGUCGUCCAAGCACAAUAGCUGGGAGCCACAGGAGAAUCUGCUUGACCCAAGGCUGCUGGCGGCAUUUAACAAGAGGGAGCAGGAACGGGAGCUGCUGCUCCGGAAGAAGGGAAAACGGCCUCGUGGAAGACCUCGGAAAAUCAUGAAAACUCCUACUCUCUCCAAAACAAGCAGCUCCUCGUCCUCGUCCUCUACAUCCGGAUCGUCCUCCACUUCCACCUCCUCGUCCUCUUCGUCCGAAGACGAUGAUGACGAGGACGAAGACGACGACGACGACGAGGUGGGCGGAGACCGGAAGCGGAAGCCGAGCCCCCGGGCGAGGGAGCUGCACCCUGUGCCCCAGAAGAAGGCCCAGAUCGUGGUGGCUAAGCCAGGCCCUCCCACCAAGAGGCGGGGCAGGAGGCCCCUGGCGCCGGAGCUGAAGGCCCAGCGGCAGAUCCAGGCCAAGGGCCCGCGGAAGCUGGCCAAGCACACGGCCAAAGACUCACUGGCCGAGCUGCGCGCCAGCAUUAAAAAGCCCCUGAUGCCUGCCAGCUUCACCUACACAGGGCUGAGCAGGGCAGCCGGCAGGGAGCCCAUCGCCACGCACAACAGAGGGUCCUUUGGACCCGGCGCGCCCCCGAGGAGCGGGCCGGGGGUGGGCCGGCCCGCCGGCCCCACCUCCGUGCUCGGGCGGCCAUUGCAAGGGAAGAGCGCAGCGGAUUUAAAGCUGUCCGUCUCAGACGUGGGGGGCAGAUCUGGAGGAGGAGCAGGGCUGGAUUUAAAGACAGCGGCAUGCAAGUCUCCGGGAGUGGCGUCGCUGAGCUUGCACGGCACGAAGUUCGCAGCCGGCAGUCCCAACGGACAGGCAGCAGGGGGCGCUCCUACCUGGAUGAAAAAGAUGGAAGCUCCGGCACAGAGCCUCCCGCAGCGGCCGGCGACCUCCAGACCCUCCGCAUCCUCCCUGUCUCCGGCGAAAAGCCCCAGCAACCAGGCUGCCGGUCUGCAGCACGCCAGAGUUCCCGCCGCCAGCAAAGUGCCACAGGGGGGUGACACCCACACGGGCUCCGGCCUCCGAGUUCCGGAAGGCGGGGUAAAAAAAGGCCCGUCGCAGGAAAAAAGCGCCCUGACCGGUGCCGAGAGCCAGGGGGGCGGGGCGGCACCGGGGCGGCCAGGUCGGCCGGGGACGGACAGGGUGAAGGCGGAGGAGGCCAGCAGCCCCGCGGACAGGAUGGGCAGGGCGGCCCAGGCCAGGCCGCACAAAGGCCCCACCCCCGACACGCCACGGGACAGGAACGGCAGCAAGGUGGGGAAGGCGCCGAGCGGGACGAGCACCGGCGAGGAGGGAAGCAGCUCGGAGUCGGAGCAGGAGUCGCCGUAUCCCAGCGACAGGCAGGACGUGUCGGUGGGCGUGCAGACUGGCCCAGACUGGAGACCCACGCGCAGCCUGAUCGAACACGUGUUCGUCACCGAUGUCACCGCCAACCUCGUCACGGUAACCGUGAAGGAGUCGCCCACCAGCGUGGGCUUCUUCAGCAUCCGGAAUUACUGACGCCCUUCCGGAAGCUUCUCUCUGGAGCGACGGGAGUAGAGCGGAAGUGCCUGGCUUCGGGGAGGGAUCUGGGCCUUUUGGUUCUUGAAGGUCGAGUCCAGAAACGCCCUGCCAGCGUCUCCUGGAUUCCAUAAUCUAAACAGUCUUUUUUUUAUGUUCUUCUUCUUGGUUUUUCCAACUUACUUGCGCCGUCUUAACCGGUCAUUCUCUGGAUGCAGGAGACUGGAUGACACAGGAGUCAGUCAGGACCAUGCUCUCUGCGGGCGUCUCCAGUAAGGUGCUAGCUACGUGGUGCUUCAAUCCUCGAGAUUCACAGCGUCCGUUUUUUUUUUUAACGCCAUGACCAAGGUGUCUUCCGGGGCGUCGCCUGUCGACCGCCCCGCCAUCCUGAGGUCCAGCCGUUACAGCGGAUGCGGCAGUGUUGUUUACAAGAACCCAAAACUACAAACGAAGAAAACUGUAAACGUAUCCAAAGUCUUUUGGUUUGUUUGUUCGACUCCUCAUCAGGUUGUAAGCCAAGCUCGUCGGUGUGUGUUAGUGUUUGCCUUACUAGAGUUCUAAGCCACGGGUGUGACAGCCAAGGUUAGUGUUCUGUCCCGGUUAUCCAAUGGCUUUUCUGGAGAGCACACAGACUUCCCAGUCCUUAUUUAUUUCUUAUUGUCUUUUUUUUUUAGAUAAAACCUUACAAAAACAGUAAAGAUUGUUUUUAUGCUGUUCCUUUUAAAUCAGACUUGCAUGAAGCGUGAAGUUCUGACGUGACAAAAUCUGGUUCCUUCUGCUUGAUGGUGAAAGAUGUCUGUGACUAAGGAAUUUGUCCUGUUCUUUCCAAACGUCUUUUUCCAUUUAGUUUUUUAAGCUCUAUGAUUGUAAUUAAGAUUGUAAUCUGUUUGGGCGGGUUCAGGUUGUUCCAAUCUCAAAGUGCCUUCUUCUGCUUUCAGCCAAUGAGGUGCUUACCUUGCCGUGGUUCAUGGACUUUAUCGUGGGAGACGUUCUCUGCUCCGGUUGUUAUGUACACUACCAUUCUAAAGUCAGGAAUCCCACCUCACAAAAAAUAGCUAUACAACAUAAACCUAAGUAAUAGAAACACCCCAAAAGGUAUUUGUAGAGGUUUUAUUUAGCAUUUCGAGUAUUGGGGGGGGGGGGGGGGGGGGUUA